AUGUUGAACUUGAAUGAUCUCAUUCAAGGAGAUCUUGAAGAUCCUGCCACUCAAAUUCAGGCAGGUGAUGACGAUCACUACGAUUCAUCCUCCGAAGAGCACAAUAGUCCGUCUUCCACCCAUAUGGAAAUCACCGAUCCCAACAACAUGUUUGCUGCUUUACCCUCUCAAGAUGUCGAUAUGACCAAUCAAUCUUCCUCCUCUUGUCCUAACACAAACAUCGAGCAAAUUUGCUCCGAUCUACAAAACAAAUUGAAGCUCAAUCCUGAGCAUCUGGCGAUUGCUCUUAUCGGAAGCAAAGCUCCUCCUGAAGCAAGACACGCAAGCUUGGUCUUUACGAAUGGUGCAUAUCACCAAAUCAAUUAUCAAGACAACAGUUCACAAAAGGCAGGCUUUGCAUAUGGGAACACUUUCAGAGACUUUGUGCGAGCUAGUGCUCGGAUGUUGUUACUCAAGCCGACCCUUGAGGCAUACUCUAACAAUCCACACCAAAACGGCGAAAUUCCCAAAACACUAUUCUACCUCACACUUGAUGCUGUUGAAAAACAGCCUGAUGCAUGGAAGACCGAUCACCUUCCAACCAGUGGACUUCGGGACGAUCCAGAUGUCCUUAACCGCUAUCGUGAGGUCAUCGGUGAACUUUUAAAAUAUCAACGCAGUAAUUUGCGUACACUGCUCCUAGCAGACAUCCUUGUGACCAAGAAGAAACCGGUGGUCGGUGUAAUUCCUAAUCGUGGGCAGUUGUUGGCUUUGAUUUACGAAGAGCUCCCGCCCAAAUCGUCAAAGCUCAACGAGUCGGAAAUUAAACAUCAAGUCCGGUCAAACUUUGCGAUGCGAGCUCGAAUGUGCUAUGCCCGUCUGGUCAUGGUGCAUUACUACAUUCACAGGUCUAAGAAAGAAUCGCAAUGGGUUGAAAUCGACGAGCGAUUGGGUAUUCUCCGAGGUUCAUCUUUUGAUUUCCAAAAGAAACAUGCAGAUCUUGUCUUGCAAAAAGAUGCGGCACUCUUCUCACACAAGAAGAAAUUCUGUGAACUUUCACACGCGGACCUCACCAUUCCUACCCUUGAAGAUGUUCGAAACGAGCUCGCUGCUACUUACUCUCCGGUUUUAAAUGAAUAG